GAAAAGCAACGUAGCAAAUUGCUCUGAACCUGUCAAGAGGGAGGUGCCCUGUCCAGUCCAGCUGCUUUAGUCACCCAGUCACGUUGGAAUUCGAGACUGCGGCGCCGUGGCUUUGGUGUAAUCUCCUACAACCUGGCUUUUUUUAAUUUUUUCCUGACAUUUGUAUCUUUAUGUAACCAACACGACGUCUAGUACGAGUUGCGCCUCUCGCGCUCUCUUUGUCUCCCUUUUGUAUUGUUUCCUUUGUCUAUUCAAGCCCGGAUCCAGUUGAGGUUGCGGUUCGUGACAGCAAGCCGAAGUGAUUUGUGCACAAGGAUCACUGUUCGCCUAUGCUGUCCUGCCAAGCAGGCAGCAGGCAGCAGGUGGCGGCGAAGAGUAGUAUUUCGCCAAGGCUCCGGUAGCCUAGUGUCGCGGAGAAACCCGCGCCAUUUUGGCUCUGUCACCCGCGCGCCACCGUGGAAGACAAGAGCCAAGAUGGCGACAGCCGAUGGUGCAGUUUCCUCGGCUGUACACUGUGAAUUGUAGGCAAGCGGGAGUAUGCGUCUGGCAAGCCCAAAAUGAGUGGCGAAGUGCCCAGACCGAGGACACAAAAUGGUUGUUAAAAGCCAGUAAAAGAACAGAUAUUCUCAAGCAAGAGUCGGCAAACGCAGGGCCAAGAGGGACUCCGUCCACUAAUCAAGCAGCAUGGCGGGUAUCAUCAAGAAGCAGAUCCUGAAGCAUUUGUCCAGGUUCACAAAGAACUUGUCUCCAGAUAAAAUCAACUUGAGCACCCUAAAAGGCGAGGGGCAGCUCUCCAAUCUGGAACUGGAUGAGGAAGUCCUACAGAACAUGCUGGAUUUACCUACCUGGUUGGCUGUGACCCGUGUCUAUUGCAACAAGGCUGCGAUCCGGAUACAAUGGACAAAGCUGAAAACCAGCCCUAUUUGUCUGUUUUUAGAUAAAGUAGAAGUGGAGAUGAGAACUUGUGAGGAGCCUCGACCUCCCAAUGGACCAUCGCCCAUUGCCAUUACUGCAGGGCAAAGUGAAUAUGGCUUUGCUGAAAAGGUGGUGGAAGGCAUGUCAGUUGUCAUUAACUCCAUCACCAUUAAAGUCCAGGCCAAAGCUUUCCAUGCAUCUUUUGAGUUGUGGCAGUUGCAUGGGUGCAGCCUAAACCCUAAAUGGCAACAGAGUGACCUGCGCUUGACUCGAAUCACUGACCCUCGACGUGGAGAGGUCCUAACAUUUAAGGAGAUCAACUGGCAAACCUUACGAAUUGAAGCUGAUGCAAUUGAAAGUGAAGAGCACGACCUCGCCAGCACACCUCUAAGGCUGAUCACUAAUCAAGGACGCCUGCGUAUAGCUUUAAAACGCAGGGUAAAGGACUGCAAUGUGGUUGCCUCCAAGCUCAUGUUUAUUCUAGAUGACCUGCUCUGGGUUCUAACAGACUUGCAGCUAAAAGCUAUGAUCAGAUAUGCAAAAUCACUAAGCGAAGCCAUUGAACGCUCAGCUCAGCAGCAAAAGAGCCUGGACCCAGAGAGCCUGCAGGCUCCGCCAACCUCACCAGGUGGUCAGCCCCCCUGGGCCAAGUCAGCCCAACCAGCACAGCCCAGUGGAACCCCUAACAGCAUCAGCCAGUAUUUUGAGCAGCAUGAUGUUAAGGAGACAUCCUACCACAUCCUCAUCUCACGACUUGACCUGCACAUCUGUGAUGACAGCUCAGACCAAGUAUCAGGAGAAUAUCGUCCAAGAUUUUCUGGUGGUGCAAUCCAGCUAACGUUUCGUCAGCUAGGAUUAGAUUACUAUCCUUUCCAUCGACCAGGUGAUGGUUCAAGGCACUGGGAGAGACAUUGCAGUGCCAUGGAAAUUCGAGAGCAGUGGGUAAACAAGAGUCUGCAGAAUUUCAAGUGGAAUGCUGAAGGUCCAACCAGGUACAUGGAUGGUACCCCUUUGGGAGCCAGAGAGUCUCCAAGCAGUCAGCCUUCUCGCUCUCAUGAUGGGGAGUCAACACAAAUGUUCUUUCCGUCUGACUCUAUACCUCCAUGGAAGAGGCUACGGUGCAGUUGUGUGGUACUCCGAGUAGAUGACCUUGACAUCCAUCAGGUGUCCACUGGGGGCCGCCAUAGUAAGAAGACGCGUGCUUUAGUUUCCUGUGACAGGAAGUCUCUGCAGCUCCCAGACAAUGUACCUGCCAUCUAUGUCCAGUUCACAGAAUACUACUUGCCUGAUUACCCUCAGUUUCCAGUACCUCCUUCCAACCUUUAUGCCCAGUUAAAUGGACUCCAACUGUGCAUGGAUUCAAUGAGCAUCCUGUGGAUCAACCUGUUCACUCUUGGGCUUUUGCGUAGCCUGGAUCAGAUUAAGGCAUUCUACAACUUGCAGGAUACUGGGAAAGGAGAGGAUCAUGUUGACAUCCGAUUGGAUGUCUCACAACUCAAGCUGCUGAUCCCCCUGGAGUCAACGUACCUUAAUCACCCAGAUCGACCACUACACCUCUCCAUUCACACAUCUCAGGCAGUGCUUACGAAUACACGCCAUUCUGCUCAUGGUACGCAGGCUGACCUCCAAGGCACAUGCCAUAUUUUUGCCAGAAACCCCUUUUUCCAGCCAAAGGAGAAGCCAGAGUUCCCUCAAGCCAAGGACAACUUUGACCCACUGCCUUCUGCUUUCUUUCGCCAUGCCUUUGAAGGAAACAUGCUGUCUGAUUUGCCAAGUAAUACAAAAUUACUUAGGUCUCAAGAUGUGUGGUCCCUUUCACUCUCGCGGCUGGCAUUGGACUUUGAAGGGGCACGCCGAGGAUUGAAAGGGAAACCUCAGCCUUUUCUGGAGCCUUUUGCUAUGUCAGUUUGGAUAUGCUCUCCAGCUGCCUUUGAAAAUGUACCCUGCCCAAACUCCUUCAUCCCUGCCUCUUCCUGUUCUGCUUACAAAGGCUCCCGACUCCAGUCUUCCACAAGCUAUGAUAAUUAUUUAGAUGCAAGGUUAUUUCCAGAGAAAGUAGGAACUGGCUUCAAGUCAAGAACUGUACACAACCUUGCCAGCAUGGACUCAGUAAGUAGCCCGACUUGUUUAGAGAUGAAUGGAGAGCGAAGUGAGUAUGAGAAGGAAGAACCAAAACAAAAAAACAUGGCCUCCAUGCAUGUAUUGGUGCAAGCUCUGUCACCAAUUAAGAUGAAACUGAAUCAUUAUCAGUAUGUAGCAUUGCUGCGCAUGAAGGAUAGCUUGUCUCGAUUAACUGAAGAGUUAGCUCAGGACACUCAAGGACUCACCAAUAGACAAGCUGACCCUCCCACUGUGUGUGUGGGUGUACUGCUGGAUACUGCAGAUGUCAUUUUAUUCCUCCCUCCCUCCACUAGUGAAGCCGAGGAGGAACGCUCCGUGGCUGGAACAGAAAGUCCCAGCCUGACUGAUUCAGACCUUUCCCCAACAAAAGAACCAACUGGGUCUGUCACCUUGGAGGACAGCGGCAUUAGCACUAUUCGAAUAGCCAAUGAAAAGGUGGAGGAGGCCUGUGAAGCUGUUGAAUCCCUAGAAGAACCUACGUCCUCUUUCCUUCUGAAACCCUCCUUGACCCCUCAGGAUGAAUCCUCCUUUACCUUGGAAGGGGAACUGGCCAGUGCCUUGACGGUGACUCUGGACCUGACCAAGGAGGCAGUGUCGGUUACCAAGGAAGCCUUCAGCAUCCUGAGCAAAGACAAGAUGACUGCCACCAUGCACAAGAUGCUCUUCCAGCCUUACACUAGAGAGCAGACCACUCGAGUGGAUGAGAGCCCAGCAACUCCAGGGAAGUCCCGUGUUCUAACCAUGAAGCAUUCCCCCUCUCAACACUCCUUUGAAAGCACCUCACUGGAUGGUAGCCUUCCUGAUGAGCAUCUCUCUGUUGACAGUGACAACAGUGAUAGUUUUGUCAUCCUAAUGGAUUCAGAAUCUGGACUGGAUUCCAUGCCCCCAUUGGACAGCACCUCUUCUCUGCAAGCAGACACCUUGAGUCGUGCAAGUCCAGCCCUGGGGACUGAAGGAGGCUCCCAGCCAGAUUUGAGCAGCACUCCAUCACAGAGUACAGAGGACAUGAGUCAGGAAAUGGUAUCAGUCCUGUUGCUCCAACUCAGAAAUGUGAGCUGUGCUGUGGACAUUAAAGGGGAUGACCUGUCCCUGGCAUUAGAGGCCCAGGACGUGAUCCCUGAGCAGCUGGGUAACAUGAAAGUACAGCAGCUCCUGAGCGGAGAGACACUUGGUUUAGUGUCCCCUCAGAGGCCAGUAUCUGCUGCUCCCAGUCACCCUUCCAUGCUAACUCUCCGUUUUGAGGUUGGGCCUGCAGCAGUGCGUCACUCCCCACUAGCGGAAAGCAAUGGUUUUCUACAUGUGAAGCUGAGGGAAUGUACUACAGAGCUGCUGACUUCCACCCUGAAUAACUUGGGCCCUUUCCUGGAGGAUGAGUUGGUUGCUGAUGUUCUUCCAAUGAGGAUAGACCUGGUAGAUGCAUCUGUAACACUCAAGGAUGAUGGCCCACGGGUGUAUCCUACUUCCCCUAAACCUAUUCCAGUCACUUUCUGUGUGGAUCAGUUGACCCUGGAACGCUGUGAAGAUGGUGUAUUUUAUCUGAAAGCUCCAGAGGCCCAGAAGCCCAUUCUGACCGAGCCAGAAGUGGAUAUGCUCACAUCCCACUCCCACUGGGCCACUGUACAAAAGCCUGGUGCCUUGACAAGCAUCAGUCCUUCAGAAGCAAAUGUGAGUGAAGCUUUGCGUUUGGAACUAGCCAUUUCCCAAAAGGCUCUGUCCCAAGCUAUAGAGGAUAGAGAAAGGCUUCUCCAGGAGAUAAGAAAAUAUAAUCCUCGAUUUCAUCUUUGACAUCAGUCUCCAGUUCUUGUGCAACUGGAAUAGAAAAAGUUACACGGCAGCAUUUCAAGUGGAGGAGGCUGUGCCCAGAAGUGACUUGCACUUUUGGACAUGCCCAGUAUCCAGGACUGCCAUCUCCUUAUCUGUAAGGUGAAAAAAAUUUCUUGAUGAUCUACCUUCAUACUGCAGACAUCCUUUGAGAAUCAUGUUAGAAGUGAUGGAAAGUGUGAACAGGGUGAACUGCUUAAAAGUGUGUGUGUGUG